GGUUGCAAGUUUCACUCGCACACGCACGUACACACACAAGGUCUGUACUCAGGGUGCUGAAACAGCAGCCCUGACAAUUAGUCUAAUUAAUUAAUCACACUCCUAGUUGACUCAAAUAUAAAUAUUUGAUGCAAUAAGUUAUGUUUUUCCAAUUAAAAUACAUCAAAAUCACAGCUCUAAAUAAGAGGAUAGAGUGCUUCCUGUCAUGAACGGAAGAGAGGACAGGACCCAAAAUGCACGACUCCAAUACAGAUGAACAGUUUCAAAAAAAGAGGUUUAAUAUACGAGCAGAGGUCGGUACACAGGCAGGCAAUCCGAAAAGGCAACAGUAUCCCAAAAACGUGAGGCAAAGAGGCAAGGUCAAAAAUUAGAACAGGGUCUAGUUUUACUAUGAGUCGGUGACGUGGAAACAAGGAAUGCUGGAACGUGACAACAAGGUACAACGAACUGGCGUCCAGAAAGAAUGAGACAGGAGGUCAAAUGCAUGGGGUAAUUAGGGUCAAUGAGGCACUGGUGGGGAAGAUGCUCUCAGGAGCAGUUCACCUCAGUGGAACUUCAACACUGAACAGAACCACAUGGGAUUCAAACAAAACUGAACAGCUUGAAACUGCCUUUCGAGGACUUAAUGGUUUUGAACAACUGAACAUUACCGGCCUGAGGCUGUCCAACCGUACUGUGGACUUUGAGGUGGAUCUUAGCGUCAAAUUUGAAAUGUCUCGACUCCAAGGCAUUGUGUCUACUUUGGAAGCCAGUCUCGGAGCUGUUUUCAGUAUCAACUCUGUAGGCAUGGUCACCAUAGAGUCAACAGAACCUUCCGUACCUUACAUGUCUGAGUCAACACUGAAAUGCACUUUCGAGGAGGCAUCGAGCAGCUCUGGCUGGAAAAUCACCAGAAUGGAUGAGUGCCUGCCGCUAUAUAACGGCAGUGUGGUGAAACUGGACUCCAGCUGUGCCACAAAAGAAUACAAAUCUUGCACCAGUCUGACCCUUCAUAAUUUAACAAGCGUUUGGACAGGCACCUAUGAAUGUGAAUUCUCUAGUGGGUCAAUCAGGCAUACAGCAACGACAGAACUAAGAGUGGAGCCCCUGCCUGAAGAUAUCGUCAUGACAGCCAAACCUGUUACGGUGGCCUGCUCUAACAGAACUGCAAAUGUUACAGUAGACAUAACUGCCACUAUCUACAACGACAGCAACAACUAUGAAGUGCGGUGGAGCUACAAAGGUGGAAAUGAAAUGCAAUCUGCUGCGGAUUCAUUAGGCUACUAUUUCAAAGUUAUAAUCAGCUGCAAGAAAACAACUGAAGCACAUUAUGUGACUGUCACCUUUAAAAACAACAAGGAUCAAGAAAAAAGUGCAAGACUGAAAAUUCCAGUAAUUUACGAGGGUGACAAAUUCUGCGAAGAAGAUGAUUUGUGGCCAAAGACCCCAGGUGGAGACACAGUGAUUAAGCAAACAUGUCCAGAAGGCAGGGUUGGCUACGAGUCGCGCACUUGCACAGGAAACAAGUGGCAGUCAGUGUUCUCCAAAUGUGUCAGCCGCCAUUUGUUUAACCUUUCAAGAGCAGCAGAGAACUUCAUGACAGGACAAGGGGCAACUCCAGAGGCGGCUGUGGCUAUUUUUAGAGGUCUUCGGAACAGUUCUAUGUUGCAUUCAAACUCAAGUGGCAGGAUGGCUGACCUUACUGCAUCUAUCCGCAUUCUUGAGUUGAUGGCUAAUGCGUCAGAAAGCAAUACCCUACAGAAUAGUGUUUUACCGGACUUCAUACAUGCAGCAAGUAAUAUGUUGGACCAAACCUGGGAUGGAGGCAACAACACCUCUGUUAUUCAUGACAUGUCAUCAAAUUUUCUUAGGUCUGUGGAAGGUUUGGUGAAAAACAUCCAAAUCAACAGUGAGGAAGGGUUCAUCACUCACAAUUUAGCCCUCAACCUCUGCCCAGGUGGUCACUGUGAAGUGACAAUGUUCAAUAUCAUGAUAAAUAUGAACAAAACCUCUGGAUUAUCAAAAAUACUUGGUGUGAAAAAUCUGACGGAUAAAUUACUAAACAACUUCCCCGAUAUGGUGCCAUCUCCAAUUUUAAUAUCUGCAUCACUGGAAAACAAGGAAGAGUCAUUUCUGCAAAUUAGUUUGGAAUUCGCCAAGGAGCAGCCGAACUCCGGAAAACCUUUGUGUGUGUUCUGGAACAGCACAGGGAGGUGGUCAGAGGAAGGAUGCACUGCAAAACGUGACACUGGUAAUAGCACCCUCUGUGUGUGCAACCACUUGACCGCAUUCUCCGCCCUCUGGUUCAACAGUGGCAAAUCUCCAGCAACCCUUUCAAAAAUUACAACAGUAGGUCUGAGUGUGUCCAUUUGCUCCUUGAUCAUCUUUCUUAUGAGUCAGUUUCUGGUGUGGUCAGCGGUGGUGAAAACAAAUCUUUCCUAUUUUUAUCACACAGUCCUGGUGAAUAUUGCCGGAUUCCUCUUGCUUGCCAAUUGCAGUUUCUUGGUUUCCUCAAUGAUCAAUCUCUCAAAACAUCCCCCAUGGUGCGUCAUUGUGACAGUCUGCAAACACCUCUUUUUCUUGGCCACAUUUUGCUGGAUGUUGUGUUUGAGCUUUGUGCUCGUCCACCAUCUGAUCUUUGUUUUCAAUCCACUGAGAAAAAAAGUUUUCACGUUUCUCUCCAGCAUGGUCGGCUACGCCUGCCCAGUGUUCAUAGUGGGAUUCACCUACAUGUAUUGUAAAUAUAGCAACCAGGAUUACUAUGAUGAAAACUGUUGGCUUGUUUUCAAAAAACCCUUGCAGGGCUCCUUGUGUUCUUUUCUCCUCCCAAUUGGAACCAUUACUUUCACAAAUCUCUGUUGUGUGGUGAUUGUCAUUGUCUCUCUGAUGAAGACUCCAGGCCCUGAUAGCAGCAAGGCAGAUCACAAGGAGACAGCCAAAAGUAUACUCAAAGUGGUGUUCUUUAUGACGCCAGUGUUUGGACUAACAUGGACAACUGGACUCCUUUUGUACACGGUGGACCGCAACACACUAUUUUUUACUAUUAUGGACUACAGUUUUUGCAUCCUCAAUUCCUUUCAGGGAGUUUUCAUUUUGCUGUCAGGCUGUUUUGCAGAGCAGAAGGUUCGAGAGGAACUGUUAAAGCUCAUAACGGUGUAUUCAAAAAGAACACAUGAGAACAUAAAACAGCCACCACAUGCAUGAAAAGCAAGUGAGUCUCGAGGACAGCCCGUGCUCUUCUUGUGUUUGACCUAUUUCUGCAUGUUUGAUCCUUAUUUUUUUUGGAGAGAGAGAAUAUGGAAUAUUUUCAUUAUUUUGUCGCUAUAACUAUAACCAUAUUAGUCUAAUUAGCCAGUUUUGACGUUUUACUAUGUGACUGUGACUGCUGCUAUGUGAAUGUGACUGCCUAUAUUCUGCUCCAUGUUCUGUCAACGUCCCACAGCUAAACAAUCAAUGACACACAUUCAGCUGUGUGCACUAUGGUAACACAUGAUUGUCUCUAAAUGUCAUUCUGUCGUUCUCUUCGAUGUUAUUUGUGAGCACUGAGGUUUCAGGCUGUAUGCUGAUGUGCCACUGGGCACAGGUUUCUAAUAAACUAAUAACGAAGAUAAAGUAUAUACUGGAUUAUUAAAUGUAGCAUUCUUCCCUGUACAAAUUUAAGAUUCAAUUAAAAUUUGCCUCAUUUCUUUUCUUUUUUGUUUUGGCCUCCAACUUGAGGCAGGCUCAUCUCCACCUGUACCUGAUACGCGCUUCAUGCUGUGCCACAUGAAUAGCAUCCUCCUCUUUAAGCACUCUCAUUCUGAAAAAGAAUUGUCUGUUUCACUUCAUUUUUCACUAUUCAUUAGGCUAAUCCCAAAUGCAUCCUCCAGGAAAAUAUUAAGUACAAUAUUUUUCUGUUUUUAUUGGCCAUUUCUGAAUUUGAAGUGAGUUCAUUCUGUGUUGUGACAUAAUCGCUAACAUCGCUCCGUCGCUUGAUACAUUUAACAUUAACAUCCGUGAACUAAUUAGAUAAUUGUUGGUGCGUUUCCUAAUUAAUACAAGGUGUACUAGCGGAUCAGCUCUUGUCGCCGAUGUUACGUGUGAUUGGCGGUUCCGCUGGGAUCACAACAAGGGCCACGACCCGCAGCAGCUCAACACGAAAAUACAAAAGACCAGUGCAACAAAUACAACACUGGCUGAUCUGAUGAGCAAAAAUGUUGCUUAAACGUAAGAGUAGCAAAAGAGGAUGUCCGCUCCAGAUGUGGGUAGAGUAGCCAAAUAUUGUACUCAAGUGAGAUUACUGUUACUUGACAAUAAUGUGACUCAAGUAAAAGUAAGAAGUAGUCCUCCCAAAAAAUAAGUGAGCUGAAAUUUCCAUGUUUGGGCUGACAGUGGCAGACAAAUACUACAAUACAUGAAAGCUGUUGUUUUUGUUCAUCUAAAUGUAAACACGAGUAGCGCGCUGUUGCCUUCAUGGUAAUGACGACCUUCCCAAAAUGGUGGCCAUUUAGGCACGAGAUCAGCCGGGGUGGCUUAUCUAGUGCUAAUACCUAUGUCUGGAAAGCCCAAUAGAAGACCUUGUGCGAGGUCAUGUGACUUUCUUUUGUCAUUUGAUUGGUGAACUAGACUAAAGAAGCCUUUAUACUCCCGCGCUCGCGCGGCCGACAAGGUCCGCAUUGCGUCACGUGACCGCCACAUUGGGCCACGCAGCCCCUCUGCGUCACUUGACGCGCACACAGCAAAAAUGGUGCCCAUGGCAUGGGUAAAUUGCACAUCUGUGAAAGCACCAUUAAUGCUGAAAUGUACAUACAGGUUUUGGAGCAACAUAUGCUGCCAUCCAAGCACCAUCUUUUUCAGGGAUGUCCCUGUUUAUUUUAGCAAGAGAAUUCCACGCCAUAUUCUGCACGGUUACAACAGUGUGGCUUCGGAGUCAGAGAGUGCCAGUAUUAGACUGGCCUUGGCAGCAGUCCAGGCCUGUCUCCCAUUGAAAAUGUGUGACGCAUUGUGUUGUUAAAAGGAAAGGUAAUACAACACAGUGGUAAGCAUCCCCCUGUCCC